UGUACACUAAUAUGAAAAGUCUCUAGAGAUAUUGUCAGGAUGGCAUCUGGAAGCAACAUUGCUGUACUUCUAAUGAUACUAGUGCCUGGAAAUGCAGAUCCUCUAUCAAGAACUCUUUUGGAUAGAAUAGAGGUUCUAGAAAGAAAAGAUUUGGAGCAGACUGUAAGAAUUGAACAUCUUGAGAAACAAAUCUUGGACUCCACUGGCAAGCUGAAUCACCUGUCCACAUCUAAUGAUGACCUCCAGAAAUACCUUGAUAAUCAAGCUAAGAAACUAAAAGACCAAGAAGAAAUUAUGAUGACACUAAGACAGGAUGUUGAAUAUCAUAAAACAGUGGCUAAUACAAGUAAAAGGAACUUUAAUAUUCUGAAGUCUAAAGUGCAAAAGAUGGGUGAGAGAAUAGAACUGUUGGCUAAAGUGAAUGCUAAAAGGGAAGAAAAGCAUCCAGAAAAGCUGGAAGAAAUUACAGAAAUGGAAAGAAAAAGUGAUGGGCAGAAAGACGAAGUCAUAACACAAAAUAUAUCUGAUCAAGAAGAAAGUUUCAAACUGUCAUCUGGAGUGACUUUAAACACUGUAGAUGAAGACAAAGAACAUGAUAAAAAUGAUAUGAAGUCAGAUGAAGCAGACCCUGCUGAAACAAGUAGCCUUGACACAGAACCAGAAACAAGUAGCCUUGACACAGAACCAGAAGCAAGUAGCCUUGAUACAGAACCAGAAACAAGUAGCCUUGACAUAGAACCAGAAACAAGUAGCCUUGACACAGAACUGAAAACAAAUAGUCUUGACACAGAACCAGAAACAAGUAGCCUUGACACAGAACCAGAAACAAGUAGCCUUGUCACAGAACCAGAAAGAGAGACUGGAAUUCUAAACAUAGCAGUCAGAGAUUCUUUAAGCUUGAACACAAGAUGGAUUCGCAUGAAGCAGCAGCAGGCUGUAAGGUCUAUCACAUAUCCAGUCGCCUUUCAGGCAGUUCAUUCACAAGCAACACUGCAAGUCCUCAAAUUCAUGAUGCAGUUAAGUUUGAAAACGUUCUUCUUAACCAGGGAAAUGGAUAUCAUGAUCAUCAUGGACUGUUCAUAGCUCCACUGCCUGGAUUCUUCUUGUUUUCUACUUCAAUUAUGAGUGACCAAAAUAUUGGUCAUAAUUCAGUUACAGUUUCUAUAGUGAAAAAUGGGGCCACACUGGGAAUAGCGAUCUCUACUGGAUAUACUGAGAAAAACAAAUCUGAGCAAAGUUCUGUUACUGUGGUAACACAGCUGAACAUUGGUGAUGAAGUCUGGGUUAAUUUUAUUGGGCCUGAUGGUGGCCGUAUUUGGGGAAAUGGGUGUACAAGCUUUGCUGGAAUACUUAUAAUGUAAUAUUUUGGACAAUCAAUAACAGAAAAGGGGUUUACAAAUUUUGCUGGAAAACUUUCAAUGUGAGUUCUUGGACAAUCAAUAAUUAGAAAUGGA